UUUAUACAUUCAGCAAAAUUGCUGGCUGUGUGUGUGUGUCCGUAGAACUGAAGAAGAGUCAGGCGCAUAACAAAUAUUAUGAUAUGCUACAGAAGUAGGAAGCAGUGCAGCAUGAAAAGAUAAACAUUUCAUGGUUUUUUUUUCUCAUGUUUAUUUCUCUCGAUCACACAAUAUACAUUUUACAAGAUGGUGCCUAAACCUAUGGUUUUCGAACUGGGCUCUGCGGUGGAAGUCAGCAUCUACGACGGCUCAUGGUUUUCAGGCACCAUCAUCGGCUGCGAUAACUCCGACAGAUUCUUGGUCCAGUACCAUUGUAAUUCGGUUGAGAUCGCAGUUGUUAGUCUUCACCAUCUCCGACCACUUCCUCCACCAAAUAGCCACCAGGAAUUCAAGUCCGGCGACAAGGUGGAGGUGUUCCACGACCACUGCUGGCGGGAAGGCCAUAUCACAGGAGAUUUAGUUAAUGGAAGGUUCGUUGUUUCUUUCCGAUAUUCGAAGGAGAUGACGUUUCCGAAGGAGCAGCUUAGAGAACACCGGCAGUGGAUCAAUGACAAUUGGGUUUCCUCAAACAGGGACAGGAUCAGUGAGUUGCCUGACAACGUUCUUCUUCAUAUAAUGAAUUUUGUGGACACAAAAGAUGCUGUUAAAACCUGUGUCUUGUCUAAACGAUGGAAGGACCUUGGCAAAGGACUAGUUAAACUCACAUUCUCUCCAAACCUCUUUGAACUUGGGCUAGUUGGGACAGUUGAAAGUGCUGAUCUCUUAAAGGUAAAUGGGUUGGUUGAAAGUUUUAAGAAAUUCGCAUCUUGGGUUUUUUCUAGCCGAGAUGACUCUUGUUCCCUGCUUAAUCUUACUAUUCGCCAUACAUGGACGGAGCCUGAACACCUAGAUAGGAUCAUUAAAUAUGCUGUGUUUCACAAUGUCCAGCACUUGACAUUGCGUAUAUAUUCAGGCUUUAGACCCAACUUUGAGUCCAUCCCUUUAAUCUUUUUCUCUAAGUCUUUGACAUAUCUUGAGAUUUGGAAUGGGUGUGACCUUCCUGAAAUAAUACUUCCAAAAUCUCUUAACCUGCCUGCAUUAAAAAGCUUGAAGAUUGGAUAUUUCAAAUUUACUGCAACUGACAAUGACUGUGCUGAACCCUUUUCAAACUGUCUUGUUUUAAAUUCUUUGAUGCUUAUAGGUUGUUCUUUGCAUGAUGAUGCACAAGUCCUCCGCAUAUCUAAUUCUACCCUUUCUAGAUUGACAAUAUUUGGAGGAAAAACUUAUCAAAUUGUGCUCUCUACUCCAAAUCUUAGUUCUUUUACUAUUUUGGAUAGUACUGUCAGUCACCAACUCUUCUCCACUUGCAAUCUUCCUUUCCUUGGAGAAGUAAAUAUCGACAUGUAUAGGGACGGAGGUUCAGAUGAAGGUUGGAACGAGAAAAGUUCAAUAAUCAUGAAAUGGCUACACGUGCUUGCCAAUGUAAAAAUGUUGACAUUAUAUCCUCGUGCCUUUGAAAUAAUACUACGUGAACUCUCAAAUCCCAUUUCAUUGAGACCUCAACCUCCGAGUUUUGUUAGAUUGGAGUCAUUGACAGUGAAUACACGUUUAUAUGCAAACAUAUCAGAUGAGGUACUAAUAAGCACACUAUUGGGGUACUUGCUUCAAAACUCUCCAAUGGACAAACUUGAUAUCAUAAAUGUUUAAAUGAUAUCCAUGAUCAAUUCUUUAGGCAAAGAAUUUUACGGAAUGUCCAGUUUUUGUCUAUUUUGUACUUACCUUUCUCGUUGUCCUAAAUAGUCUUUACUCAGAAAAUUAUAGGUUUGCUAUAUUGUAAGUGGCUUGUUUAUAGCCUAUGUACCCAGAAAUACUAUUUUUGUUAUCUAUCGUUGGUCUUUAGUCCCUUUAUUUGAA